GUAGAGUCUAGACACAGCUAAUUUUCGGUCCUCGAAAGCAGCUCUUGGCGGAGCCUCCGAGGAGGAUACAGGGCUGUAUUCUUUUCAUCUUUCUGACUUUCAUCCUUCAAGUUCCGGCUUCGAAAGCUUGCGCCUUUGUGUCGUCGUUCAUCAAUUCCCAUACGGUUGGAGACUUGCUCUGGAGUCUGGACCAAGGAUCUGUCAACAACCGCAGAUAUGUACGCUGAGUUGCUCAGUUAUCUAGCUGGUACAGGGUUCAGUGCCAGAUGGAAUGAAGUGACCCACUGUCCAGAAUGCAGUCAGCGUCAACUUCAAAAAGCGCGCUCCAGAAGUCAUUCAGAUGCAUCAUAUUCCACAUCUCGGCAAUUGUGAGGAUAGAAGCCGCUGACAGAGAAUGACAGACGAACGUGCGUCCCCUGUUGUAAUCCGGGAGCGGCCUCGAAGUGCCACAAGGGCUCCCUCUGCACCAGGGCCCUUGGUGGCAGAAAGCAGCGCUGGGUCCCUCAGAGCGGCUAACCCGAACCCUAACCCUAGAGUGCUCGUAGUGCCAGCUUUUAGAGAAGCCUCGUAUCAGGAGAGGAGGGGCUGGGAGGCGGCAUGGCAGAGUGUGAAGAAGGCGUGCGAAGACAUGCUCGGCAGCCUUGGGGAGGCUGUGCAGCAAUGGAAGCAGGAGAUGAGCCCCCGCCGCGCCGCCCAGUCGCCCCAGAUCUCAGACACCACCCGGAAAAUCCAGGCCAAGCGGAUCCUGGCACGCAUGGAGAAAGCGCACCGCGAGAUGCUGGCGAUGCAGGCGGACAUGAGCGAGCUGAGCCUGGGGACGCAGCGCCUUCAGAGCAUGCUGGCCAAGGCGCAGAAGAGCAGGGCGGAAGCACUCUCGAAAGUUGACCAGCUGGCAGCGGAGAAAGAAGAGACAGAAGGGAAAUUGGGGGAAGCAAACGAGCGGAUUGGGGAACUGGAGGUGGAACUAAAGGAGGCACGGGGCACGGCAGAGCGAGCGAGAUUCGAAGCGCGCCAAACGGAGCAGUCGUCGGAAGAACGGGACCGGGAGUUGCAAGGGGCUCGACAAGAGAUAGCGAGCUUGGGGGAGGAGCGAGCUGCUCUUAGGGAAUCGAACGAGCGGUUGCGGGCGGAGCGGGAAGCGGCGGUCACGGACAUGGAGCGGAAGGAGCGCGAGCGUUCGGAUGCUGCGCGCAUCGCGGAGGACGCUGCGGACACUGCCGGACGGUACAAGGAGGCCGUGGCGCGGCUGACGGCGGACAACAUGAUCUUUCUUAUGAAAUUGCGGACGGCCGAGGCCCAGCUGUCGGCUGCGGACAAGGAGCGGACGGAGCUGCGGACGGUGGUGGAGAUGAAGCAGGGGGAGUGGCUGGACAGGGCACGCGCGCAGGUGGAGGAGCGCGUCAAGGAGAGCUUGCGCAAGGCGGAGCAGUCUGAGAAGCAGCUGCAGCGUGCGCGGGCUGAGGCGGCUGAAGAAGCGCGGCAAGCAGCCGUGGACCUGGCCCGGGUGAAAGCGGACCUGGACCUCGAACGAGAGCGGCGGCGGGAGUGCUCGGACGAGCUAGAAGAUACCAAAGUCAGGCUGGCAGGGGCGGAAGAGCGGCUACGUUUUCUGGACGCGCAGUCGACGCAGGACCAGCUGGCGCGCCAGGACGCGCAGGCCGAGACACGUGUCCUGCGGGCGGAGGUCGACUCGUUGCGGCGCCACGUGGCAGCGCUGGAGGAGCAGCUCGAGGGGAGUCGGAGCGAGGUGCAGCGUCUGACGAACACAGUCGCCUCGCAAGUUGAGGAGGUUCGGAAGCUGUCGGGCGAAGUGGAGACGCUCGCGGCCUCGUUGACUAAGCAGCAGGCGGUCAAUGAGGGCGUCAUGAAGAAGAAAGAGCAGGUUGAGUGGCAACUGCUCGAGUUGCAGGCAGAAUGCCAAGAAUUGAAACGGACAACAGCAACCACGUAGGUAAAGAUUGUAACUUUUGGUACGUCUAGGUUGAGACUCGUUAUAUAGGCAGUAGGAAGGUCGAGAAAAGCCGCGUAUUGUGUCUAUACGAGUCGGACGUAGAAUACACAAUACAAAUCUGGAUUGAAAGUUGAAGGUGAAACCCCUUGUUUUUCGGAAACUUCAGUGGGUCCGAUUGGCUG